CAAACCAAAAGCUCAUUGCAUACAAUUUACUCACAAAUUUUAAUCUUUGUUGCGAAGUCAAAACCUUCAUUGUUCAAAGCUGAGCUCUCCCUGCUCCAACAGAUCUCGUUAUUCCUGAUUUUAAAAAGGAUUUGGAUUUGGUAAAUCUCAAGUCGAUGAUAAACUUUUAUUAAUCUGCGAUAACAUCAUAUCUGCCAUAAUGGCAGCAUCUUUACUUUAUCGACGAGCUCCCAUCUUGAGCUCUUUCUCUUACUCACGACAACCUCUCACUUCCACCUUUUCGAAAUACAUCACCAUGUCAUCUCAUCGAUCAUUCUCGUCAUAUCUCGUCACUCCAGCCGAGCUAUCCGAAGCCCUCAAAAAGAAUCCCGCCUCCAAGAUCUCCACUUCUCCCCGCACCGUCGCUCUCUGCUCAACAUGGUUCCUUCCUACAUCUCCCCUAAAUGGUCUUCAAACUUACCGCGAAAAGCGAAUUCCCUCUAGUCGUUUCUUCGAUCUCGAUAAAGUAUGCGACAAACGUUCUCCUUAUCCUCACAUGCUUCCAGAUGCUAAAACAUUUGCGUCCGCCAUGAGCGCGUUGGGAAUUCGCAGAGAUGAUACAGUCGUAGUAUACGACUCACAUGAGCAAGGUCUAUUCAGCGCACCGAGAGUAGGGUGGACAUUGAAGGUUUUCGGACAUCCAAGUGUACAUAUUUUGAACAAUUUCAAAUUAUGGGUGGAAGAGGGGUAUCCAACUGAAAGUGGGGAAUUCUGGGAUGUUGAUACUUGCGCAUAUCCGAUUCCACAAUUGGAUGAAAGCAAAGUUGCGGAUUUCGAGGAAGUUAGUGAAAUUAUUAAGGAUACUGGUAAAGAGGGAGCGGAAGGAGUGCAAAUAUUGGAUGCGAGAAGUCAUGGAAGGUGGACAGGAAAGGAUCCAGAGCCGAGAGAGGGAUUGACCAGUGGUCAUAUGAAGGGUAGUAUUAGUCUUCCCAUGGGGGAACUGUUGGAUCCAAGUACCAAGACUUUGUUACCUGCGGACCAGUUAAGAAAGGUGUUUGAGAGCAAGGGGGUUAAUCCGACAAAGCCUAUUAUCAGCAGUUGUGGUACCGGUGUAACAGCUACGAUUAUUGAUGCUGCCCUGGCAGAAGCAUAUGGAGAGUCUGGUGUGAGAAAGGUAUAUGAUGGAAGUUGGACGUACGUAAAUCCCGUCUCCUUUUUGUUUUCUCUUUCACUUAACUAAUAGCAACAGCGAAUUUGCUCAAAGAUCCAAGAUCUCAGAUGGAUUAAUCGUCAAGGAUGAAUAGUUUAUUGCAUUUUAGCGUUUCCGGAAAAUAUACCCACUCUACUCAGGAACUUUGAACAUGAUGAUAUCUAUGAUGCAGUUCAGUUGCGCAUGGUUCAGCAAUGCAAUUAGUUACUGAUUUCCAGCUCUGCGAAUAAUAAGGUAGCACACGGUGGGAACUUGAUAUUGGGGAGGAAUAGAUGCAUAUGAGGGUCAGUUGACGAAAUAUUUUGAUGGAUGGUCAGAGGACGUGUAUCGGAGUAUUAAAAAAGUCACAUCUCUCCUA